AUGUUACAGGAAGAUCUGAGUGAUGAGGAAGGUGGUGCUCCAGUCACUUCUCAACCAACUGGGUCAGGUUCUGUCUCUCCAACAAAGAAUGUUACAGAGGCAACUUCUCUUAACCCUGCAGAUAAAGUUACUUACACUCCAGGUGAAAGCUCUAUGUUGUCCAUAGGAAUGUCAGAAAAAGGAUCACCAACUCAUGUUGUACAGACACAACAACAACAAAGCAAAUGGUAG